AUGAGCAAAUAUCAGGGGUUGCCAGAUAUAGAUACAGCUCCCGAUAUAUUCGAAACACCGGACGAACCAGAUACACUCUUACGACCAGCAGAUGAUGGUAUGGAAGAUGAAAGGCCCUCCAAAUCGAAUUCAGAUAACAUAGAUUUGAAUGCUUUACCAAAUAGGAGAAAAGCUGAGAGGGUAUUUGGAAGAGGAACACGAAGGAAGGAUCCAAAAGAUAUAACGUUCAGACCCCGUUUACCUCCUCUAUCCCGACAUGCACUAUCGACAUCAUCAUCUUCUUCGGAUGAUGAUGAAGUGCCUAUACGAGAAUCAGCAAUAGCACGAAUACGUAGACUGAAAGCCGAAUUAGCGGAAGUGGAAGCUGAGAUAGCAUCGUCGUCAUCAUCUUCCACGACUAUUUCAACUCAACCUCCUUUUCCAGCUAAGACAGAAGGAGCGAAGAGGAAGUCCGUUUUACCAUCUAAACAACCGUUCGAUGCAAUUUCUGAACUAUCAAGCUUGAAAGAUCGUCUUGGUAGAUUAGACAUCAAUGGACUCCCCCCUGUGUCUACAGAUCAAGCAGGGAAAGGGAAUAUAGAGUGGAGAGAUAGAUUAGAGAAGUUGAAUAAGUCAUCUUCUUCACCACUGCCGUCAGAUGAGAAAAACCAGGAGGAGCAUGAUGGCUAUAUGAAUGGGGAUGUCAGUUUAGGUGAAAUAGAUAAAAGGCUGGCUAUGAUCGAAAGCGCUUUAGGACCAGUUGGAGAUGGAUUAGAUCAAAAUACCGCACCAUUGCUGUCAACUUUAGCUAAACACUCACAUUUACUUUCCCUUCUUACACAACCACGUCAUAUGGAUGCUAUAUCACGUAGGAUCAAACUUCUUCUAGUAGAUCUAGAUAGAGCUCAAUCAUCAAAACGUAAUGCCCAUCCAGCACAAAGUGAUAAACCGAAUUCAUCGACAAUAUCACUUUCUCAAAAUGAAUAUCAAUCGCUUCAACAGCUCUUCAACCUCUUACCUAGGUUGGACCCUCUUUUACCCAUUUUACAACCAUUGCUGGCGAGGUUGAGGAGUCUAAGUGGUCUACAUGCCGAAGCUAGCGAAGUUGCCGAUUCACUGAGAAAACUUCAGAAUGAAGAUAAAUCGUUAACAGAGGAAAUAAAGGAAUUGCAAGAAGUAACAAAAAAGGUCGAAAAUGGGUUAGAAAGAGCCAUUGGUAGUAUAGGUAGUAACUGGGAAGGAACUGAGUGUCGAUUAAAAGCAUUAGAAGAGAGAUUGAGGGCACUCGAGAACUAG